AUGGGCGCAGUGGUGGGCACUUUGACCAUGCAAACCAAACAGAGGAGACCGUCCAGAGAUAAAACAGAUGACGAGCUGGAGAUGACGAUGGUGUGUCACCGGCCGGAAGGUCUUGAUCAGCUGGAGGCCCAAACUAACUUCUCCAAACAGGAGCUGCAGAUCCUCUAUCGCGGCUUUAAGAAUGAAUGUCCGAGCGGAGUGGUCAACGAGGAGACAUUUAAACACAUUUACGCACAGUUCUUCCCGCAUGGAGGUAAAGUCCACCAUUUUCUAAUUCGUUCCUCUGUGAUGCUUCUUGAGAACAAGAGAACUUAUGUGUUUUUGUGUGUUGCAGAUGCCAGCAUGUACGCACAUUAUCUCUUCAACGCUUUUGACACUACAAACAACGGCUCCAUUAAGUUCAAGGACUUUGUGAUGGGGCUGUCGAUUCUGCUGAGGGGAACACUGAGGGAAAAGCUGGAGUGGACGUUUCACCUUUACGACAUCAACAGAGACGGAUACAUCAACAGAGAGGAAAUGACUGAGAUCGUGAGGGCAAUUUAUGACAUGAUGGGCAAGUACACCUACCCCGCCCUGAAGGGAGACGUCCCGCAGCAGCAUGUGGACGCCUUUUUUCAGAAAAUGGAUAAGAAUAAAGACGGAGUGGUGACUCUGGAGGAGUUUGUUAUAGCCUGCCAAGAGGAUGAAACCAUGAUGAGGUCCAUGCAGCUGUUUGAAAACGUGAUGUAG